CGCAGGCAUCCGACGCUGCCGCUGUCCCCCGGCUGAGCCGCGCCCUGGUGUCCCGGACGCUGCGUGAGCCAGUGUGUGUGUCCGCGCCGGUGAGCGCCGCGCCGCGCCGGCCCUAGCCUCUCGCUCGCUCCCGGUUGCUGCGGUGCAUGUUCGCUUCCUGCCACUGUGUGCGGAGAGGCAGGAGGACCAUGAAAAUGAUCCACUUUCGGAGCUCCAGCAUCAAAUCGCUCAACCAGGAGAUGAAAUGCACCAUCCGGCUGCUGGACGACUCGGAGAUCUCCUGCCACAUCCAGAGGGAAACCAAAGGGCAGUUUCUUAUCGACCACAUCUGCAACUACUACAGCUUGCUGGAGAAGGACUACUUUGGCAUUCGCUAUGUGGAUCCAGAGAAGCAGCGGCACUGGCUUGAACCUAACAAGUCUAUCUCCAAGCAAAUGAAAUCUCAUCCACCAUACACCAUGUGCUUUAGAGUGAAAUUCUACCCACAUGAACCCUUGAAGAUUAAAGAAGAGCUCACAAGGUACCUUUUGUAUCUGCAAAUUAAAAGAGAUAUUUUUCAUGGUCGACUGCUGUGCUCCUUUUCUGAUGCUGCCUACCUGGGUGCCUGUAUUGUUCAAGCUGAGCUUGGUGAUUAUGAUCCUGAUGAGCAUCCUGAGAAUUACAUCAGUGAGUUUGAGAUCUUCCCCAAGCAGGCACAGAAGCUCGAAAGAAAAAUCAUGGAAAUUCAUAAAAACGAACUCAGAGGCCAGAGCCCACCAGUGUCUGAAUUUAACUUACUCCUGAAAGCUCACACUUUGGAAACCUAUGGGGUGGAUCCACAUCCAUGCAAGGAUUCAACAGGCACAACGACGUUUUUAGGAUUCACUGCUGCAGGCUUUGUGGUAUUCCAGGGAAAUAAGAGAAUCCACUUGAUAAAAUGGCCAGAUGUCUGCAAAUUGAAGUUUGAAGGGAAGACAUUUUAUGUAAUUGGCACCCAGAAGGAGAAAAAAGCCAUGUUGGCAUUCCAUACUUCAACACCAGCUGCCUGCAAACAUCUUUGGAAGUGCGGGGUGGAGAACCAGGCCUUUUAUAAGUAUGCGAAAUCCAGUCAGAUCAAGACAGUGUCAAGCAGCAAGAUAUUUUUUAAAGGAAGUAGAUUUCGAUAUAGUGGUAAAGUUGCCAAAGAGGUGGUAGAGGCGAGCUCCAAAAUCCAGAGGGAGCCUCCAGAGGUACACAGAGUCAGCAUUACUCAGAGUCGCAGUUCCCACUCCUUGAACAAACAGCUCAUCAUUAACAUGGAGCCCCUGCAGCCCCUUCUUCCUUCUCCCAUUGAGCAAGAAGAGGAACUUCCCCUGGGUGAAGGUGUUCCAUUGCCUAAAGAGGACAUUUCUGCUCCCCUGAUCUCCAGCUCGCCAGUAAAGGAAGCUCGAGAGUAUGAAGAUCCCCCAAGUGAAGAAGAAGAUAAAAUAAAAGAAGAGCCCUUGACCAUCUCUGAACUAGCAUACAACCCAAGUGCCAGCCUGCUCCCCACCCCUGUUGAUGAUGAGAUUGACAUGCUUUUUGACUGUCCAUCUAGGCUUGAGUUGGAAAGAGAAGAUACAGAUUCAUUUGAGGAACUGGAAGCAGAUGAAAAUGCCUUUUUGGUUGCUGAAGAAGAGGAGCUGAAGGAGGCUCGUCGAGCUUUGUCAUGGAGUUAUGACAUUCUGACCGGCCAUAUUCGGGUGAACCCACUGGUCAAGAGUUUUUCCAGGCUUCUUGUGGUGGGCCUGGGACUGCUGCUCUUUGUAUUUCCCCUGCUCCUCCUCCUUUUGGAGUCAGGUAUUGAUCUCUCCUUCUUAUGUGAAAUCCGCCAGACACCAGAGUUUGAGCAGUUUCACUAUGAGUACUACUGUCCCCUCAAACAGUGGGUGGCUGGGAAGGUCAACCUCAUUCUCUACAUGCUGGGUUGCUCAUGAGGUUAAUAUCUUAUAAAACUAAGGGCUAUAUUCAAUACUAGUGAUUUUUUUUCAGUAGAUGACUGGUUCUGAAUGGACAUGGGGUUGCCAACAGAUGUUCCUUUCUCAUAAUUGAUCAUUCAAACCCUCCAUUAGCUUUUCAUAAUUAAAUGCACUUAAAUCAAAGAUAGAUAUUUUACUUACGGGUCAGGAAGAUGACCUUUACAUAACCAAAAUAUGUUUAUUUUAAGUGUAGACAACUAUUAUAAUGCAUAAUACAUUGGACUGAAUAGAUUUCCCUGUUUUUAAUAGUUGGUACCAUCACAAGCUAUAAGGUUCAGAAUCAGAAUUUUAGUAAAAACCUAAGGGAAAGUUUUUGAAUAUAAUCCUUAGUGAAAAAUGAUGUCCUCUAACCAAUGCCUAUACAACUAAAUUUAUGCUGGGCUUUCUGUUUUGUUUUUUUAAAACUAUUUUUAUGUGUUCAAACUAUUUUGGUAAAUUUUUUGCAAAAAAAAAAAAAAAAAGCCUCCUGGAGUUAUUUAAGUAUAUGGACUGUAAGACUAACAAUGCACAAAGGUAUAUCGGGAAUUUUUUAAUGUUUUGGCACCAGUUUGUUUUUUAAAAUAUUUUUGGCUGAACAAGUCUAUAAUUUGUUAUUACUUGCAUAUGGGAUAGAAAAUGGGUAGAAAGAUACUUUAGUAAGUAAGCUCCCCAAACAGAUGAUGGGAAUGGAGGAUGUAGAAACUGAGAGCAUUGAGUUGACACAGGGGAGUCCCUUUUUCCAAGUUUUGGACAAGAUGACUUGGUACUUUUGUCUGCACUCUGUCCAUAUAUUUGGGCUAGGGAAGCAGAAUGUUUUUAAAAGAUAGUAAAAUUUUAAAGGAAAAAUGGUAAAAGAUAUACCAGUUGAUUGUUUAUUGUAUAUUAAAACAAGAGUGAGUGGAUUCAGAUAGAAAUUGAACUAAAGGAAAGUAGUGAAGAAGAGUUCUGGUGAGGCUGUAGGCAGGUGGUGGAAGGCAAAGGGUGUCUUUAAUGAAAAGGAUGGUGACAAGAGGCAUUCAAUGAUGUAAAGUGCACUCGCUGUCCAGUUGACAUAAACAUGUUUAAGUGGAUCUAAAUAAAAGUGGAGAAACUUUAAGGUAAAUUUUUUGGUCCCUCAUGCCAUUCAUUGUGAUUCUGUGGAAGAAACUUCAAAAAUGUGUGUGUGUGUGUGUGAGUGAGGGGGGGGGGGAUGAGUGGCUUUUUGAUAAAUACCAAGAUUUAUUCUUUAUGGUGGGUAAUAUUCUCCUUUCCUUGCAUGGUUUCCUUAAAAUCUUAACUUAUUCAUCAUUGGACUUCCAUUGGGAAAAUGAGAGUGCUCAUCAGAUGACAAAUCAGUUCAGCCUGGGUAGAGAAUAAGAUAACAGACAAAUCCUGUAGUACCUUCCUCUGCACCAUUAAAUCCAUGAGAGAAAGGGUCUGAUGCUUUCCCAUGCAGAGUACUUACCAACAUUUGGUAUGAGUGAGAAAGGGUCUGAGGUUUACAGCACAGAGUGCAGGAUUUCUUAUAUAGAGAUGGGGCCCACCUAUAAUAUCUCCCUAAUGACCCUCCAAUGCCACCAUUAGCAUAAUUUCCAAAUUGGGCAUUCCAGUCAAUGGGCAACUCAGUCAAUGGAGCUGUUAGUUCUUUAUUAGAUAUUUAAUUUUGAAAGUAAAUGUUGAAAGUCAGUUCAUGAGGCCUCUGUUGAACACAUUAUAAUAUAUAUACUUGCUAUUAUAUUUGCAGGGUUUUCUUCUGGUGGACUUUCAGUGAUUUAUACUAAUAUAGAAGUAUAUUUUCUAUGGUUGGAACCUGCAAUAAUUUAUUUUGGACAUUUGCAUGUAGUCAGCUUGGAAAUUGAAGUUUUAAUAUGUUCUAUUCUUUUUUGACAUAAGGGUACUCCAGUGUAGUCUAUACAAAUCUAGUCCCCUUUCUAUCAUUUUCUUUGAAAUUCUAACCAAGACAAAUUAUCUAGCCCUCAAUUUUAAAAAAUAAUAUUAAAUAAUAUAUUUAAAUUAUGGAAGUGCUAUAUUUUUCAUCAUAAAAUAUUUGAAAAAUACGCAGGAUAAUUAUCACAUGUCAUCCAACCAUGAGAUACAUAUGCCAUUUCCAGCUAGCAUCUCUUUUCUCUUAGGCAGAUACUUCUUUGUUUAUUGAAGAUGUUUUCAGGUUACAGAGUUGACAGAAUAGGAUCUACUUGAUUUAAAUGAUAGCCAUCCAAAGCAAAAUUGGAUUCUGGUUUAGAAUCAGAGCCUUUUAAAAAUACCCACUUAAGUUGUGUUAGUCACCACUUGCCUGCAUCAAAUGUGGAGACUGCUUCAAAAGGGAGAUGGUAUAAGUAGUAGUAAGACACAGAGUUCAAAGCACGUGUGUGGGUAUAUGUAUAUUCCAUAUUAUCGGUAUAUGUGUUUAUAUAUAAAUCUGUAUAUAUGUAUUUGUAUAGACACAACCAAUAUGCCUUUCACACAUAGUUAUGCUUAUUUUGACCCAGUUGAAGAAUUUGUGACAUGUUGUUGUUCCUUUCCCUCUCAGAUAUCAUGGUGGGUAAAAACCACAGCUUCAAAGAUUUGAAUUUUUCAUAAAGACUGCUGUGUGUACCUUUGUGGAUUUGUACACACAUGCAUGCAUAUGGCAAAUACAUAUACACACACAACCUUGUCUUUAGUGCUAAUGCAAGUGGGAUUAUGAAAAUAAUGUAGGUAAAGUAUCAUGUAUUUCUAUCUGUGCUUGGACCAUAUUGUAAAAUGUUAUGUAUUUGGAGUAUUACUUGUGGUUUGUCUAAUAUUUUUAAAUAUAACUCUGGGGAAAAUUCAAAACACAAUUGAUUUUAUUGAAAUACUAGAGAGAUGGGGGUCAUGAUACUGUGAUGGAGCCUUACCUUUGUAUAGUGAAAUCUGCAUUUCUCUGUCAACAUCCAGAUUGUUUUAUAUGUUAAUAUGGUGGCAGGAAUCCCUAAUAAAAAUACUCUGGGGUAAAAUAA